CGGGAGGUUUUAGUUCGUUGAAGUCGCUUGACUGAGCCGGUUGUACAGAACUCGUGAAGUGAACGCGUGCGCGCGCCACUCUGAACAGUGAGGUUGUUGAUACGUGGACAGAGGUGGUGGGAGACUGUUUUGUGUUUGUUUGGAUUCGAGACAAAAAAAAAAUGAGCAGGACUCUUCGCCGAAUAAAGGUUGAGCUCUUUUUGAUUUUGUGACCGAUGUUGGGGUGUGCACAGUGAGGGGGACUUAACUUGAAAUUUAGGAAGAAACAGAAAAUAACGAGCGCCAUCAUGAAUCACGUGGCAGACCGGGUGUCCUCCGAGGGGUUGCCAAAUUUUCAACAGACCCCCAGUGACGAGGCCAUCAUGGAAGGGAUGCUGCGGGUUCGGUUCGAUUACGCCCAGCGGCAGACCAAGGAUUAUUCGCACUUGUUCAGACAGAAAAGCCGCCUCGAGCUCAUCCGGCUCGCCUUCUACCAGAUCUGCGUGGAGUUCACGUACGCCGCCGAAACGGCCCUCGCCUCGCCGAUCAUCCUGAGCAACGGGCUCAGCCACACCUUCAUGACCAUGAUCUGGGCCUUUUCGCCCACGUUGGGGUUCGUGUUUGCGCCGAUGAUCGCGACGCUGAGUGACCAAACCCGCAGCCGGUGGGGCCGGAGGAGACCGGUGCUGUUGGCGCUGGGGACGGCCGUAGUUUGCGGACUGAUGAUCAUGCCGCACGGAAAGACGCUCGGGCUGUGGCUGGGCGACGAGGACGUGCCGGUGGAGCAGAUGAGCGGCUUCCGGUGGGGCAUUCUGCUGACGACGGUCGGGUUGAUGCUGACCGAUUUUGACAUUGAGACCAGCAGUGGCGUGGCGAGGACGUACUUUAUGGACAUGUGCAUCUUGUCGGAUCAUGCCAAGGUGCUGUCGACGGCGAUGAUCAUUGGCGGGAUUGGUGGAAGUGGGGGAUACCUGCUGGGGGCGAUCGACUGGCAGCAAACGGACUUAGGGUCGUUGAUGGGAAGUAACGAAGCGACGGUAUUUGCCGUGGUGGUGUUGGUCAUGAUCAUUGGAUUGAGCUUAACGCUGACAAGCUUUAGGGAAGUCCCACUGCCAGUUUUGGAAAAGGACCCCCUUCUGCGACCAAUCACCCAGGGCAUGUUCGAAGCGGAAAAGGCUCGUCAGCUGGCGAUCUACAGCAUCUCUCCAAAAGUCCCAGUGGAUGUUGUGAAGAAACCUGACGGAUCAGUUCCAGUUGAAUUGGACGACACCGUUCAAGAGGGGGAGAUGACGUUUGCGAACUUCUUCCGGAAUCUACGCCACAUGCCGCGGUCGUUGAUGAUCUUGUACCUGACGCAGUUCCUGGCCCAGUUUGGCUACCUCAGCUACUGCAUGUACUUUACGGACUUUGUCGGAAGUGCCGUGUUUGGAGGGGAUGUAGCCGCCCCGGUGGGAUCGCCAGAGCUGGCGCUGUACGAGGAAGGGGUCCGCUUCGGUUGCUGGGGGAUGGCCCUGUUCACAAUCUCCGCUGCUCUCUACUCUACCAUUAUAGGAAAGCUAAUUAAAUAUUUCGGUGGCCGAACAAUUUUCAUCGGUGGGCUGCUGGUCAACAGCGUUGGGAUGCUGGCGAUGGCCCUGUUCACCGAGCGCUGGAUGGUGUUUGUGUGCUGUCCGGGGGUUGGCAUCGCGUACGCCACCAUGUACGCCGUACCAUUUCUGGCCAUUUCGCAGUACCACGCCAAAAACUCGUUCGCCAUGAAGGAUGGCCAGUACGUCGAGUCUAGUCAACGGCGUGGGUUCGGAGCGGAUGUGUCCAUGCUGAGCAGUAUGCUGUUUCUGUCACAGCUCAUCAUCGCCCUCUCCAUCGGCAGCGUGAUCGACGCGUUCGAGUCCACCACGGUUGUGAUAUUCACGGCGAGCUUGUUUUCCUUUCUCGCCGCGAUUUCUGCAAGCCAGGUGCUGUACAUGGAGCUUUAGUGUUUGGUGUACACCCGGCUGAACAUCGGCGGGCCAGGGAGAUUUGAGUCUGAAACCAAGCUUCAUUCAAACUGAUGACUCUAUUGUAAGGUUUAACUUAUUCAAAAUAAUGUGAAGUUAUGAUGUACUUUAACACUACUGUAAAUAAAUAUUUUUAUAAUAA